UGGUUGAUGUUGUUGUUGUUGUUGUUGUUGUUGUUGCUGCUGCUGCUGCUGCUGUUGUUGUUGUUCUGCACUGCUAUGAGCUCAGUAAAGCUCGCUGUGAGCUGCAGUCUGCUGGUUUCUGCUGCUGCUUCCAUCUCUGCUCCACAUGAGGGCGCCAGAUCUGCAGUCAGCGGCCGCGCAUGCGCACUUGAGCGCUCCAGCCAGCCUAUGCUUAAAGUUCAGAUGUUUCUCCACGUGUGUGUGUGUGUGUGUGUGUGUGUGUGUGUGUGUGUGUGUGUGUGUGUGUGUGUGUGUGUGUGUCUGCAGCUCCUGGUGAGUGCGUUAGCUAUAAAUAGGCAGAAGCGCAGUGGGUCAUCUCUGGGUCUGGGUUGUUCUGACAGAUGGCCUUUGCAUCAUGUUGCCCGCUGCUGAUGUGAGUGGACUGAUGUUCUGCUUCCGGUCCUUCAUGAGCGCAGAGGAGCUGUUAGAGUCUGAUUAAAGUUCCCUCACUGAUGCUGAAGCCGCUCUCCGCUGUUUCCGGUGAGAGAGGGCUUAUUUAGGGUUUAAGGAAACUCACUAACGCGCGUACCGGCCUGGUGACGCGCAGGAGGCGGGGGCGCGCGCGCAUCUAUCACCCGUGGGUGCGCGCAGAGCUGAUGAGUUUAUUUAAAAUUUUUCAGCUCCAGAAUGAACAACACCAGCGAGGAAGAGCCCAAAACCCCGGAGGAGGAGGAGGAGGAGCAGGUCCGGACUCUGUUUGUCAGCGGGUUACCGAUGGACAUCAAACCCAGAGAACUUUACCUGUUAUUCAGGCCUUUUCAGGGUUAUGAAGGAUCCUUGAUCAAAUUCACCUCUAAACAGCCGGUGGGUUUCGUGAGCUUCAGCAGUCGCUCGGAGGCAGAAGCUGCUAAAAACAGGCUGAACGGCGUCCGCUUCGACCCUGAUGUCCCGCAGACGCUCCGCCUGGAGUUCGCCAAAGCAAACACUAAGAUGAGCAGAAGAAACUCGAACCCUGCAGCCAGACUGAGUGCUGGAGCCGCGUGUGUGAGCCGAGAGCCCUAUGAGUUGAGUGUUCCUGCACUGUAUCCCAGCAGUCCUGAUGUGUGGCCGGCGUUCCCGCUCUACCCAGCAGAUCUUACACCUGCAUACGCGUACAGUUCAGCUCUACACACACAGGUGAGCACAUCUGACAUAAACACACACACACACACACACACACAGAUGAUCACACUGAGUGUUUUCUGUCAGAUUCGCUGGCUGCCAACUGCAGACACAAACCAUCAGAGCUGGAAGAGUCGACAGUUCUGCUGAUCAACAUCUCUGUGACGACAGGAGGAUGGAGAGCUCCUGAAGGACUGACCCCUGACCCCUGGCCUGACCCUCCACUCCCCUCUUCUGUCUCCUCCUCCUCCUCCUCUUCUUCUGCUUGUGAAGUUCAUCAUGAACUCGUAUAUCAGCAUUAUUCUACUGUGAUGAGGAUCAGUGUAAUGAUUAGCCUAGCCUCUAUUAGAGAUGAAGCAUGACGCUCGAGUGUAUCGCAGCUGUAUUUAGUAUUAUUAUUGUUGUUGUUGUGGAGUGUGAGGAGUGUUUUAUAAGGACUGCAGGUGUUUGAGUGGUUCUUCAGUCCGGCUGCUCUAGACGAAUGUGUGUCACUGUCGGAGUGUGUGUGAGUGAUCUUCAUCACAGCGGAGAUCAUAAGAGUGUGUGCAGACGUCUGAUAGACCAUCAUUGAUGAAAGUGUGUGUGUGUGUGUGUGUGUGUGUGUGUGUGUGUGUGUGUGUGGACAGAUCAUCAGUCAUGGUUAAAUAUAGUUUCAGCUGUACUGACCUGAUGAUAAUAAUAGAAACUCAAGAAUCAAACACACUUUCUGGAGCAGCGCGUCUCAGAUCAGCCGUGUGUGUGUGUGUGUGUGUGUUCCUCCUCCUCCUCCUUCUUCAUCUGUCAUCUUCAGUCUCUCAGUGGAUGUUCCUUUAUUCCUCCUCUCUAAAGGUCCUGGAUGUGAACACACACACACACACACACACACACGCACGCUCGCAGUCUGAAUAUUUGCUGGCUCUUUUCUUCUGUGUUUGUGGUGGUGUUCCUCAAUCCUGUGAUUCUGCACUCAGACUGCUCUGAGUAUUAUUAAACACAGAUUCAGCAAACCUGCGCCUGUGCUGCCAUCUACUGGGUGCAGAGUGUGUGUGUGUGUGUGUGUGUGUGUGUGUGUGUGUUUCAGGUGCUUCACACACAGACAGACGGAGCUGAAACUCUCCUGUUUUUCAGCAGAGCUAUAACUCGACAGCAUUGCUCCUGACAGAUGAAGCCCCUGUGAGGAUCAGCGUGAGCUCAUAUUCAGAGCUCCAGUGUGUGUGUGUGUGUGUGUGUGUGUGUGUGUGUGUGUGUGUGUGUGUGAGAUGUGAUCGCGGUGGUUUACUGUAGAAACACUGAUUACAGCAGUUACAGAAGUGAUGAGGUGUGUGAUGUGACGCUCGUGCUCUCGUGAUGUUCAGAGUAUUGAGGAUGGAGCAGCGUGUCUCUGAUGUCUCUGAGUCUCUGUUGAACAAUAAAGGUUUUAUUUGUGACGCUC